AUGCGCCAUUCAAACGCGUUUAAGGGAGUUUUGUUUGGCAUUUGUAGAGGGAGCAUUUCACUGGGAGGUAAUGAAAGAUUAUGGCGUAAAAGAAUCUUGGAUGAAAUAGUUAGUAUACCAAAUCAUGAGGAAGUAUGUUGUUGUUGUUGCAACUUUUCAAUUCAUGCAGUUGAGAUUCGAGAACAAAGAAGUUGCAGUGGAUAUCCACAAACAGACGAUGCAAUUUACAUUAACAGAAUAAGACGGCUGGCACGAGUGGUCAGAGAGAAAGAUAGAAAAAGAAUAAGACGGCUAACACAAGUGGUCAGAGAGAGGCAAAAAAUAUCCCAGCUUAAACGCGAACUGAAGGAACUGAAGAGACAAGAAGCACAAAAUAGCCGAUAUAGGCCAUACAACAUUCAAAUUCUGCGGCUUCCAGGGACAUAUGAAGCUACAGGACAGACCUCGAGGCCAGCAACAACCAACCACAAUCAUGUUUUCUACGAUAUGAUUAUCCCUCAUACUUAUUAUGGAAUGCCUCCAGCAGUGGCCGACAAGGCCUCUUUCCAACGAGUCAAGUGGCCGAACGCCCCUUUCCAACCAGAUGCUUCCAGCCAUACCAGAAUAACAACCCCACCACCACCAACUGUACACCAUCCAUAUACAUCCACCCCCUGCCACCCCACAAGCUACCUACUAUUUUCCGAUGUCUCCACCUCCACCACAAGGAUUCUAUAGGCCUCCAUAUCGGCCAUACUGGCAACCAGCUUAUGCAGCAAACAGCAGGCGACCUCCACUGCAGCAAUAUCGAGCUCCGCUACAAGGAAACAAUGGAGAUCCUGCCCAAAAUCAGCAACAAGAGAAGAAAAAAAGGGAGUCUCAAUGAUUUUAAAGUCAUUGACCAUCUCAAGCUAGCUAGGUCAUAGAUUUAUAUUUGCCAUUGAAUUCUUAAUUAUCUAAGAAUAAAUAUUUUUUGUUUGGUAUCUGACAUUUCAUUUAA